UCUCUCUCUGUCUCUGUCUCUGUGUCUGUCUCUCCUCUCUGUCUCUCUCUGUCUCUCCUCUCUGUCUCUGUGUGUGUCUCUCUCCUCUUUCUCUCUGUCUCUGUCUCUCACCUCUCUGAUGUUGUCAUCGGUGUGUCUUCACCCCUCACUCUCUCCCCUCUCCCCUCUGUAUAGCCCCGCUCCUAACAAACUGGGCGACCCCACCCCCACCCCACGUAGAACUGCCACUCUAAAUAGAAAACAGCACCAUCAUGCUUCUUCGCCCGCCUUCCAGCCCCCUCUACCACCGCCAGAGGCUGGAGGAGUCACCCAGACCCAGCCUGUGGCUGAGCCCCAGACCCAGGAGCAAACUCUGUGUGGGAGUACGGAGGCUGGCCAGCCUGGCCUGGCUGGGGGUGGUGGGGGUGGGGGUCAGGGUGUGGCACCAGAGGUCCAGGUGGCCACAGGGCAGCAGCCUCUGCCUCUUACCCAGCACAGCGCUGAGGAGAAUAGCCCUGGCCAUGACCCCACCACCACCCCCGCUCCCCUGAGGAACGGGGGCUCCCAGCUCACCGUGGGGACACCCCACUCCCAGGCAGGAUGCAGGGGUCCUAGCCCCCACAUUGGACGCAGAGGUACUAAGAAGCAAGCCCCUGCCCCACCCAAACAGGCCAACCCCUUUGUAGCUAAUGUCUCUACCCUUGGCCACAGUCCCGCGCCUAACAACCCCUACCCCCUCAUCGCUCCACGACGCCACUCUGGUAAAGAAACCCCCAUCCACGCCCCCAGCCACCCGCCCCCACAGCCCCCUCAGUCUCAGGGGGAGUCAGACCCCUCUCCGCCCCACACCCCCACACCCCCUAGCACCCCUCCUCACGAUGGUCCAACCUCCACCCCCUUCACCCCUCUAUCCUCCUUCCACUCUGGCUCCCUCCCUCGCCCCACCAGGCCGGCUCCGAAGCCACGCUCCCGACCUACAGUUCCCCCGCCCCGUCAGCCGCCCACCAAUGACGACAGCAACGGGCCCAGCGGCUCUGCCUCCAAGGUCAUCACCGAUGCCAGCCUGAACUUGAAGGGGAUUGGCCGAGCCCUUAUCCCUGAAAUUAUGGUGGACAUACAAGGGGAGAGCUCUGCUGGUCAUGAGCCCUCCCCCUAUCCAACCCCACCCUUGGACCCUGAGAUCCAAUCAGAGAGCACCAGUCUGUGAAAGCGGGAGGGAUCACUCCAACUGACAUCACCAAAAAACAUUCUGCCUCUGCCCAAUUGGUCAAUAUGCUAGCCAUUCAUCCAAUCGCCGUAGUCGGAGUCAGCUCUGAGCCUCUACAGACUGGACCAUACAAACUCCCUGCUCAUCAAUCCAGUGAGCAAUAGUGUCUACAACAAACAACCCCUAGCCAACAUUACUCUCUACAACAAUACAGGGACUAGACAACCUUCUCUUACUCCAUAAUCCAAACUCAACACUGUUGGCACCCACCACCCAACACCCUCAACAUCAACACCCUUCCAUCCAUAAACCAUCAACAGUAUUGGAACUGGACCACAGGAUCACCCCAUGUUCAUUGAACCUUCAACCUGCUAAACAUGAUAGGAAGUUGGCCUGCAGCUAGAGAUGCCACUGUAGCUUUCUAUUGAAUCAACCAAGCCUGUACUGGGACUGGACAAUAUAUAUAUAUAUAUAUAUUAAAAUAUAUAACCACUGAACUCCAAUGCUGGUGAAGCUGUAAUGUUAUGACCCAGUACCUGGAAGCAUCUGAUGCAAAUCUGAAUAUACUGUUUCAUCUUUGGAUCCAUUGUAGAAUGUUGACAUUGAUUUGGGGCUGGGUGGGAGGCUAAGCUUGUAAACCUAAAAGCUCAGAACUUGUAUGAUGUAACGUUCCUCCCUGUGGUACAUUGUAUGGUGGUUGUAGGAAUAUUCUUUGAAUGGAAAUUGCUCAUUUGUAUGUCCUCAAUGCAUUACCUAAGAUUGUCUACAAAACUGCAAUUUUGCCCCAUUUGAGAACUUUCUUUAAUGGUUUUUAAUGGGCCAAGUAAUACAAAUGUAAUGCAGAAAGUGCUAUUGAUGAGCAAAUAUACAUGGUGAGCCCAAAGAAUCCUAUAAAUUGCCAUACUUGAUUUGAUGAGAGCUCUCAAGGACCAAAGAUGCCAGUUGAUGAAUAAGUACAUGAGUGAGUGUGCUGGUGAGUGUGCUUGGUGAGUGUGCUGCUUUGUGUUUGUAAUAUAAUGUUUUAAUAGUUGCCAAGGACCAAAUAAGUAUCAAUGAGGAGUGCAAUUUAAUUAACUGCAUUCGUUUCAUACUGUCUUCUCCACUCCCAAUAUUCACCCUGUUUCAUUUGUUGUUGUUUUUAACCUUUCUUACCGCAAUAUACUAUAGCACUGUGUUUUAUUCAACAGAGCUGAAUUCAAACAAAACAGUCACCCCUGCCAAAAAUGUGUAUACCAAUCACAGAUUUCCCCUUUAAAAGAAAAGUUAUAUAAGAAAAGUGAUUGGAUAUUCCCUGCCACAGAUUUCCCCUUUAAAAGAAAAGUUAUAUAAGAAAAGUGAUUGGAUAUUCCCUGCCACAGAUUUCCCCUUUAAAAGAAAAGUUAUAUAAGAAAAGUGAUUGGAUAUUCCCUGCCACAGAUUUCCCCUUUAAAAGAAAAGUUAUAUAAGAAAAGUGAUUGGAUAUUCCCUGCCACAGAUUUCCCCUUUAAAAGAAAAGUUAUAUAAGAAAAGUGAUUGGAUAUUCCCUGCCACAGAUUUCCCCUUUAAAAGAAAAGUUAUAUAAGAAAAGUGAUUGGAUAUUCCCUGCCACAGAUUUCCCCUUUAAAAGAAAAGUUAUAUAAGAAAAGUGAUUGGAUAUUCCCUGCCACAGAUUUCCCCUUUAAAAGAAAAGUUAUAUAAGAAAAGUGAUUGGAUAUUCCCUGCCACAGAUUUCCCCUUUAAAAGAACAGUUAUAUAAGAAAAGUGAUUGGAUAUUCCCUGCCACAGAUUUCCCCUUUAAAAGAAAAGUUAUAUAAGAAAAGUGAUUGGAUAUUCCCUGCCACAGAUUUCCCCUUUAAAAGAAAAGUUAUAUAAGAAAAGUGAUUGGAUAUUCCCUGCCACAGAUUUCCCCUUUAAAAGAAAAGUUAUAUAAGAAAAGUGAUUGGAUAUUCCCUGCCACAGAUUUCCCCUUUAAAAGAACAGUUAUAUAAGAAAAGUGAUUGGAUAUUCCCUGCCACAGAUUUCCCCUUUAAAAGAAAAGUUAUAUAAGAAAAGUGAUUGGAUAUUCCCUGCCACAGAUUUCCCCUUUAAAAGAAAAGUUAUAUAAGAAAAGUGAUUGGAUAUUCCCUGCCACAGAUUUCCCCUUUAAAAGAAAAGUUAUAUAAGAAAAGUGAUUGGAUAUUCCCUGCCACAGAUUUCCCCUUUAAAAUAAAAGUUAUAUAAGAAAAGUGAUUGGAUAUUCCCUGCCACAGAUUUCCCCUUUAAAAGAAAAGUUAUAUAAGAAAAGUGAUUGGAUAUUCCCUGCCACAGAUUUCCCCUUUAAAAGAAAAGUUAUAUAAGAAAAGUGAUUGGAUAUUCCCUGCCACAGAUUUCCCCUUUAAAAGAAAAGUUAUAUAAGAAAAGUGAUUGGAUAUUCCCUGCCACAGAUUUCCCCUUUAAAAGAAAAGUUAUAUAAGAAAAGUGAUUGGAUAUUCCCUGCCACAGAUUUCCCCUUUAAAAGAAAAGUUAUAUAAGAAAAGUGAUUGGAUAUUCCCUGCCACAGAUUUCCCCUUUAAAAGAAAAGUUAUAUAAGAAAAGUGAUUGGAUAUUCCCUGCCACAGAUUUCCCCUUUAAAAGAAAAGUUAUAUAAGAAAAGUGAUUGGAUAUUCCCUGCCACAGAUUUCCCCUUUAAAAGAAAAGUUAUAUAAGAAAAGUGAUUGGAUAUUCCCUGCCACAGAUUUCCCCUUUAAAAGAAAAGUUAUAUAAGAAAAGUGAUUGGAUAUUCCCUGCCACAGAUUUCCCCUUUAAAAGAAAAGUUAUAUAAGAAAAGUGAUUGGAUAUUCCCUGCCACAGAUUUCCCCUUUAAAAGAAAAGUUAUAUAAGAAAAGUGAUUGGAUAUUCCCUGCCACAGAUUUCCCCUUUAAAAGAAAAGUUAUAUAAGAAAAGUGAUUGGAUAUUCCCUGCCACAGAUUUCCCCUUUAAAAGAAAAGUUAUAUAAGAAAAGUGAUUGGAUAUUCCCUGCCACAGAUUUCCCCUUUAAAAGAAAAGUUAUAUAAGAAAAGUGAUUGGAUAUUCCCUGCCACAGAUUUCCCCUUUAAAAGAAAAGUUAUAUAAGAAAAGUGAUUGGAUAUUCCCUGCCACAGAUUUUUUUUUUUUUUAGAAAUUAUUUGUUUUUAUAUCCGUUUUGAUUUAAUUUAGCUCAGGAAAUGGACAAGCAACAGAACAAUAUCCCAGGUUUUAUUUUAUUUUAUGAUUACUUUUCAAAUUUAGGAUGUUAUGUUGACAAUCUUUAGUGGGUAACCUGGCUUCUCACUCUGCUUGUGAUUAUUGCCUUUUUUUCACUACAUUGCAUGUUUUGAAUGUGAUUUGCUUGUUUUCUGCCCGUGUCUUUUCAACCUGAAAAUGAACAAAGAUUUUCGAUAAUGAGUGAAUGGAUCCUCCACUGUUUGUUCAUAUUAAAGGAAAAUUGUUUUGGGUAUUAUUACUCUAAAUAAACAAAACAUGAAUUAAAACA